AUGGUGCGCAUGAAUGUCCUGGCUGAUGUUCUCAAGAGCAUCAACAAUGCCAAAAAGAGAGGGAAACACCAGGUUCUUAUUAGGCUGUGCUCCAAAGUCAUCAUCUGUUUUCUCACUGUGAUGAUGAAGCAUGGUUUCAUUGGCGAAUUUGAAAUCAUUGAUGAUCACAGAGCUGGGAAAGUUGUUAGGAACCUCACAGGCAGGCUAAACAAGUGUGGAGUGAUCAGCCCCAGAUUUGAUGUGCAACCCAGAGAUCUAGAAAAAUGGCAGAAUAACCCGCUUCCAUCCCGCCAGUUUGGUUUCAUUGUACUAAUAAUCUCAGCUGGGAUCAUGGACCACAAAGAAGCAAGACAAAACACACAGUAG